UAUUGUCGAUCAACUCGGAUAUAAAUCCGAGUAAUUUUUACUUUGACGCAAUAUCACGAACGAAACAAACUUUUAAUAACAAAACAAAAAUGUUGUCUCGCAUUAUUUUGUUCAUUUCCCUGAUUUCCGUCUGUUACGGAAUUUUUCAAGAGUUGACCGUCUAUUCUGGCGACGACCGUAGCGGAGAGUCGGUCAGUUUUCGACAAAAGUUAUCAGAUAUGACAAGAUGGCAGAAUUUUAUACAAGAGUCCAAAUCAUAUUGCCAGAUUGGCUGGUGGGAAGGUUACGACUCUAAAAACUUUGAAGGUGAUGUCUCCUACCGUUCACAAUUCCACCCGCAACUAACCUGCUUCAAUGUCCCUUUCCCAUCAAAUGUGCAAUCCUUACGGCACCAAGGACCUCUCGAUACCCAGUACGAGGCCUUAUCCAUUUACGAAGGUAGUCCGACCGAGGCUUGGAGUGGGGUAGAGCUGAUGGCAACGUAUGGGUCUGCUACGGGCAUAGGGUUCGUGCCAAAGGGCCUCCUCAUUUCUGGAGGGUCAAACUGGACCACGUAUCCCAACGAAGAUUUUACAGGGCCCUCGACCUGCUGGUUAGGUUCGAACGAUGAGGAUUUCACCAAAUUUGCUCUUAGCAAUACAACUAUAGUUUUGUCGAUGGAGAGAGGAUGUCGAUAAUAACAGAUACAUUUUAAUUUAAUACAAUAUGUACAUAAGUCUAGGAAAAUAGAACAUGCAGUUAAACAUCAUUUGUAUAUUAAUAUGUAAAUAUUUAGUCAUAUUUUUUUGAAUUCCAAAUUCAUAUGUACAUAACAUUAAUUUUUCAGAUGAUAUUAAAUAUUGUUUAUACUUUUUA